GCCAGCCAGAGUUCAUCCCUCACAUCGCAUGUUCACCUCGACCUGGCGAAGACAAGUCGGCCGCCACUUUUACUCAACAAGCAGCAGAAAGGACCCGCAGAGGGCCACGCCGAAUCCCUUUGCCUUUGCCGCCAUCGCCGUCCUAGCUUUUGGAGCGUUUGCCUACACACUCAAGGUCCGACAGGAGGAUCCGCUCGACCAGCAGCAGCGCCUCAAUAGGAUCCCUCAUCCGAACCCGCUGAUCCCGCCCCGAAACCCGCAACAGGGGCAAGUAGUCGCACAGAAUCAGCAAGAUGGCAGCGCCCACGUUUGAAUCUGAAAAGGUCCUCGUCAUCUUUGUCCUCGGUGGCCCCGGCGCCGGCAAGGGCACCCAGUGCGAGAGGCUCGUCAGCCAGUAUGGCUUUGUCCACUUGAGUGCGGGCGACCUGCUCCGCGCCGAGCAGAACCGCCAGGGCUCGCAGUACGGCCAGCUCAUUGCUGACCACAUCAAGGAAGGCAAGAUUGUGCCCCAGGAAAUCACCAUUGCCCUCCUCCGAAAUGCCAUGGACCAGGCCGUGGCCUCUGGAGGCAAGACACUGGCGGGACACGAUGUCGGGCCCGAGCACAAGGACAAGUGGACAGGCGGGAAGGGCCGCUUCCUCAUCGAUGGCUUCCCAAGAAAGAUGGACCAGGCUGUUGGCUUCGACGAAACGGUCUGCAACUCCCGCUUUGUUCUCUUUCUACACUGUUCCGAAGAGGUCAUGCUCGGGCGGCUCCUCGAGCGUGGAAAGACGAGCGGACGAGCAGACGAUAACGAAGAGAGCAUCAAGAAGCGAUUCCGCACGUUUGUGGAGACGAGCAUGCCCGUCGUCGACUACUACCGGAAGCAAGAUCGCGUCGUCGAGGUGGACUCGCAGCAGGAUGUUGCAAAGGUCACCGAAGACAUUCGCAAGGCCAUGGACCAGACUUUUGCUAAGCUAGGACAAGCUGCAUGAGGC